CGUCACUAUACGGAAGUAAAAAUAUAUGUUUAAUUAGGAGUGGAAAAUCCACAACCCGACUCAAUAUCAACGUAAACUGCUGACAUAUUUCGAAGGUUAAAACGUUCACUGCACGAGAAACCGUCAUGGUUGAGUAUUCUAUAGACCACUGUUUAAAUUCUCUUGGAGUGAGAGUUGAAUGGUGUGAGCUAUGCGCCCAGCAAUACCUGUAGUGCUUGUCUUACUGUUUAACGUUACAACUAGUUCCUAUUACAAGUACAUUGGUUGUUUCGAGAAGGAGGUGAGCGGGUCGUCGUCCGUGCCCAGGCUGUUCAACAACAAGUACUCGGGGAUGCCGCGGCUCACCCUGUCCGUGUGUCUGCUGGAGUGCACCUCGCACAACUACUACUACGUCGCCCUUGAUAGGACUCACUGCGGCUGUUCGAAUACCGUGGGUCACCUGCGAAGGGAGAGCGGGUGUACUGCCCCGUGCAGGACGCGACCGUUCCCCAAUGUGCCCUGUGGAGGCGAGAUGCGACUGGCUGUGUACCAAAUGACUGACAAACGCCAUAUGAAAAUAUACCUCGGCUGUUACAAACUGCUCCCCCUGGACGAGGACAUGGCGAUGGCGCCACUGCAGGACAACUCUGCGUUCAGCGGCGCCACACGCCUCGUCGAGCGCUUCGUGGCCACCAGCUGCAUCAACCACUGCGCCAAGGCGGGCUACGUCUACGCCGCUCUGUACAAUGGUGAUUUCUGCGGCUGUGACACGCGACUGGACACCAUCAAGGUGAUGCGACACAUACACUGCAACUACCCGUGUGAGGACGUCAAGUUGGGCACUUGCGGCGCCGGUAAUGACGAGCCCUUUGUGUCGGUGUGGAAGUCAGAUUCCGCUGCAGUCAAGCUGUUGCCAAGUGUAGUCGACGAAGACUUUAACGAGAAAGAGUUAAUGAAACAAAUGGACGCCAAUAUUGACGACGGGGAUGAUCGAGUUCAAGAAUUCAAAAUCACAGAAAACGGAAAUUUAGAGUGGAAGAACAAGGAGAAGAAGGUGAGGGUCGUUCGUUACGAGAGAGAGGAAUCGUCUGGCGAUGGAGCCGAGGAUUUGGGAACAGAGGUAGACGGACCCAGUGGAAACGGAAGAAACCCUCUGGAUGAUGACGGUUCCGGCGGGUCGUCAAAUGAAGCUCCCGCUAAAACCUCCACUAAAGCUUCCGCCCAAGGCUCCGGAAAAGCUUCUGGUAAAGCUGCAACUCUUGAAGUCUCUACUAAAGCUUCCACUCUUGAUGUCAGCAACAGUGCUAAACUACAUGUUAAAGCUAAAGCUUAUAAAGCUCGUACUAAAGCUAAAGCUCGCGCUAAAGCUAAAGCUCGUGCUAAAGCUUAUGCUAAAGCUCGUGCUAAAGCUGGAGCUAAAGCUAAGGUCUCCGCUAAAACCUCUGCUAAAGUGCCUGCUAAUGCCAUCAAUAUCACCAACGAAGAAGCAGAAAAAGAGGAAAAAGAAGACUAUUACGAACAAGAAGAGGAAAGCGAAAAAGACGAUGUUGGGUCUCUUGGUCUGCCCAUAGGACUGGGAGUCGGUGGCGGCGUCGUCUUCCUAAUCGUUAUCGUCGGAAUUUGCAUCGUCAUAAAGAGAAAGCGUUCUAAAGUUGACGAUUCGUCAGACGAGGAUGACGAUGACGAUGACGACGACGAAGAAGUAGCGAAAAGGGCGAAGAAGAAAGACAAAACAAAGAAAGACAAAACAAAGAAAGAUGAAAAAUCUGGACGAGCUGCAUCUUCCAGAAGAUCAGGAUCAUCACGUGAGCACAAGUCGUCCUCGAGACACAGGUCUUCGAAAGAACGCAGGUCGAGAAAGCGCGGCGAGUCGAGCAGUCCCAGCUCGAGCAGACGACACAAGUCGAGGGAUAAAGACACGAGUGAUCAAACGCCUUUACUAGACAAGGAAGCGGACGAGGAAGAAUGAAGAUCGCCAUCAAGCGAUUGCUACUGAACUUUACUUGUUGUUACUCGACUGUUACCCUUCAUUUCAAGAAUAAAGAUCGCCAUCAAGCGAUCGCUACUGAACUUCACUUGUUGUUACUCGACUGUUGCCCUUCAUUUCAAGAAUGAAGAUCGCCAUCAAGCGAUCGCUACUGAACUUCACUUGUUGUUACUCGACUGUUACCCUUCAUUUCAAUAAUAAAACUCGCCAUCAAGCGAUCGCUACUGAACUUCACUUGUUGAUACUCGACUGUUGCCAUUCAUUUCAAGAAUAAAGAUCGCCAUCAAGCGAUCGCUACUGAACUUCACUUGUUGUUAGUCGACUGUUGCUCUUCAUUUCAAGAAUGAAAAUCGCCAUCAAGCAAUCGCUACUGAACUUCACUUGUUGUUACUCGACUGUUGCCCUUCAUUUCAAGAAUGAAGAUCGCCAUCAAGCGAUCGCUACUGAACUUCACUUGUUGUUACUCGACUGUUACCCUUCAUUUCAAUAAUAAAAAUCGCCAUCAAGCGAUCGCUACUGAACUUCACUUGUUGUUAGUCGACUGUUGCUCUUCAUUUCAAGAAUGAAAAUCGCCAUCAAGCAAUCGCUACUGAACUUCACUUGUUGUUACUCGACUGUUGCCCUUCAUUUCAAGAAUGAAGAUCGCCAUCAAGCGAUCGCUACUGAACUUCACUUGUUGUUACUCGACUGUUACCCUUCAUUUCAAGAAUAAAGAUCGCUAUCGUGUACUUACUUGCACUUGUUGAUCUCUGGCUGUUGCCAUUGAUUGGAACAGGAAUCUGAGGCAACAGUAACCACUAUAAAAAGAUUCUUAUUGUCACUGCUGUGUCCUGUGCACGACAUAUCACUCAUUGAUGUGCGUUGGUAAUAACUCUUUGUUGGUUGUAAUUUUGAAAACAAAACCCCAAUAACACUGACAAAACAGUAUUUUUGUUGACUGCCAUUAAAUUUGAUGUUUGUAGAAACCAUUCGUUGGCGUAUUAUCAGUAGCAUCAUUUGUUGGAGCAGGAAAUUGACAGACAAAAAUAAAUAAGAUAAAACAUU